AUGGUUCAGACAAAGGAUCAGUAUGUAUACUUGCACGGAGCCCUUGCCGAAGCCCUGCUGAUGGGCACUGAUCACGUCUGGAAUAGACAGUUUGAAGAGGUCCAUUCCUUCAUGAUGGCAACAGAACCGGGAGAGAAACAACCUAGGAUGGUUAAACAGUUUCAGUUGAUUCAACAAAGUCUUACAAAUGAAGCCCAGCAUGUGCAGGAUGGGCCAGAAUAUGGAAACAUGGAAACAAUUCUUUCAGAAAUCGACGCAUAUCUCCCGAAAUUAAAGAAACGAAAUUCAAAUUUUACACAACAGCUCGGCGCAAUCCUGUUACCAAGCUUUUCGGGAAAGAACACGUUCUUGUUGUGUAAAUCUCCAUCUGAAGAGCAGCUGGAAGAGUUUUGGUCUCUUGUUGAGGAGCAGCACGUGGUCACCGUCAUUAUGCUAACCUCUACUUUCAGUCGACCACACAAGACCUGUGUGUACAUGGGCGGAAAUGGAGAUGGGAAAGUUGGAAGAUAUUCCGUUAACUUCAAACACGAACGGAAAAACAAAGUGUUCAAUGAAAGGAGCUUUUCGUUUCGGGACGACAACAAUGAGGACGAAGAUUAUCUAACAACAGUAAAACAGUUUCAAUUCACCGCUUGGACUGAAAACGAAACACUACCACCAAUACAUAACAUGUUAGAAUGCCUCGAUGCUGUCAGAAAGUGGCAGCCACACCUAGCCGAAAACAGACCCGUUUUGAUUCACUGCGAGACGGGGUAUGAACGAAGUGGAUUGAUCGCAGUACUUCUAAAUGAGCUCCAUCGCAUGGAAAAGACACGAGGUCAGAUACACAUCGUGGAGACUGUGAAGACAAUGAAACAGGGAAACAGGGACAUCAUACCCAAUACUGUCCAGUAUAAAUUCAUUUACGAUUCACUUUUGGAGCAUGUCCAGAACUCAACUGAAUAUGAGAACAUCAAAAGUGCUUAAAUAUGACAAUGAUCCUGGUACUGUGGCGUGCUGUGCUAAAUUUUAAUUAUAUAAGCAGUUGACGUGUACAACCAGACAGACACUUUUUACGCCAA